AUGUCCCAACAACCUUCUUCUGUAACAGAUGAUCAAGUAGAAUCAUCACAAUCAUCAUCUGCAAUGGAUAAUUUAAAAGAGACAAUGGUGGAGGAACAAAUUGAUACAAUAGAAAAAAACAAUUCAACAAUGGUGGAAGAGAUGACUCCUUCGAUUGAAUAUAAAGCAACGGAAACAAGUGAGAAAAAUACUCAAUCAAAACAUAAUGAUCUAUAUGUUUUAAUUCAUGGACUGCAUGGUAAUCAGAAGGAUUUUCAGUUUAUUGCAGAAAAAUUAAAAGAGUUGUAUAAUUCCGAUGAAACACCAGAACAUGCCAUUAUUAUUGAUUGUGCUUGUAAUGAAGGUAAAACACAUGAUGGUAUUGAAUCAUUGGGAACCAAUGUAUUGAAAGAAGUGUUGAAAAUUAUUUAUGAAAGAAAGGUUUCACUUUCGAAUGGUAAGAAAUUGAAAUUAAGUGUCAUUGGGCAUUCAUUAGGAGGAUUAAUUGCCAGAUAUUUCGUUAAACUAGUAUAUGACUUACCAAGUGGUGAUAUUGAAAUUUCCAAAGAUGAAGAAUUCCAAGAACAUCGAAAAUAUUUUGUAGAUAAUGUAUUUCCACAUUUGGUUCCAUGUAAUUUUACAACAAUAUCAACUCCACAUUUAGGAUCGAGAAGACCUGGUGGUACCUAUUUCAAAUCAAUUUACAGAUUUGCAGCGCAUACAUUUAUUUCACUUCUUGGAUUGACAGGAAAAGAGUUGAAAUUGGAUGAUGGCAAUUCCAUUGAAGAAUCAUUAUUGUACAGAAUGAGUUUGCCAGAAUCAGAUUUUGUAAAAGUUUUGAAAAAGUUUCCACAAAGAACCUUAAUAUCAUCAUGUAAUUUGGAUUCAACUGUUCCUUUUCCAUCUUCAUCAAUUCGUUCAUUUAAUCCGUAUCCACUCAAUGAACAUGCAGAACCAUCAGUUAAAAUUGGAGGAGCUAGCAGUGAAUUUCUCACCUCAAAUGCAUAUGUUAACUUGUUGAAUGAAUUCUUUACACCUUACGGGAAGGAGACUGUAUCAACAGAGAGAAUUGACCAUCUUUUGAAAGCUAGCUGGAAAGGUACCGAACAUGAACCAUUUGUGGGAGACUUGAACGACAAGUGCAAAAAACUCUAUAGAGACAAUAAUUGUGAAGUGGAAUUUGAGGAAACCAUUUUGAAAAAUCUUCAGGAUAUCAAGUGGAGAAGAAUUGAUUUGGACUUUACAGUUUCGUCAUCUUUACAAGCUCGAGAAAUUCAUGUGGUAGUUGUGAGAAAAAAGAGACCAAUACGUUUCGGAAAUGGAAGUGAACAAAUGGAUGGUUGUGGUGAGAGAUGUGUCAACCUUAUUUCCGCCCUAAGCAAGUUUGAUUCAGAUAAUCUUGUAGUAAAUUAA